AUGGAAGGGGAUGAGCAUCACCAGGUCGUAGUGACAUCAGCUAUUUUCGGGACUAUUUUCUCAGGCCUUGGUGUGCUCAGCUUCUCUGUGCUCUGGGCUGUGAAUUGGCGUCCUUGGAGGAUUUACAGGCACGAACCUACAUUUAUUUUCCUGAUGCAUUUGGAUCAUGAUUCCGCUUUUAUUCUUUCGUCACGAGCGAUGCCAGCUUUUUUGGGAUAUUUGUUCCAUUGUGGGAAGUAUAUGUUGGAUUCAUGAGAGAUUUCGUUGCCUUUGUCAAUCAUUUACCUGCCAUUUUACAUUCCCAAAUAACUUUGUUAGCAUUUUUCUAUUUGAAGCAUUUGGGUGUGUAACUUUUUCUCCUUUUUACGCCUCCAUGUUAGUGCUAGUGUUAGUUAUGUACGCCUCCAUGUUAUUUUGCCUUCAAGAGGUAGUUAAGAAUAAGCCAGCUCUGUAUGGCUCGUGUUUAAAUUUCUAAGAGAUAGCAUGAUACUUGGUAAUAAUGCCGAUUGAAAGAUAGAUGAGAUGGGGAAUCAUUGGAUUUGUCUUCAAAUCACCUGAGGAAAAGGAAACCGAUCAGAAAAGAAUGUCAACCGUUGGAACUUGAGUAAUAGUUGGACACUACUUAGUUCUACUUAAUCCUUGAAAUGCUGACUUCAAUUUGACUGGCAAACAACCAGAGACAAUUGAAUGCUAAUCAGUGUCUCUUGUUAAGCCCGUCCAAGCAUAGGUUUGUGCUCACGAAAAUGCGCCAGCUGCAUGCACUGCAGUUGGUUGAAAAUGUAUAGCAUGAUUUUAAUGAUUCUCCACAAUUUCUAUUUUGUUUUGGAAGAACUCUUUAUGGAAAAGGUUGCGUUAUUAAUAAGUCUUGUUUCGUGAGAAGACUGGAUGGGGAUGCAUUGAAACAUGUUUGUCGUACUCCAAGAUGCAGUGCAUUUCGUUUUAUCGAAACUUAUUUCCAGUUUGUUUCUCCCAAGGCAUUUGAUUUUCUGUUUCCCUUCCGAAAAGGGAACUAGGGGGUGAUCCACGUCAUUUUUUUUUCUCUAGAAGAAAAUACAUGUUAUCUUGGCAUAUUCUUGCAUUUAUGUUUCUCCUAUUCUAGUGUAUUAUGUAAGCUAAACCUUGGUUUAUUGGGCGUCCAUAGCUACGUCCCUUCUAUUUUGAAUGUGUAAUUUUGUUGCUUUCCCUUGUUUUCAGUUUCGUUUUCUAAUUUAUUUUCUUGCCCUUGCAGCUGGAUAUUUGCAAGGAAAUGGCCAGAAAUCUUACACGGACCCCAACUUAGUAUAUUGUGUAGUUUUCUCUUUCUAGUUGCAUGGAUAAUUGUUAUUUCCCCUGUUGUCAUUGUAAUCACAUGGGGAAGCAUUUUGAUUACGACAUUGGAUCGGGAUAUAAUUGGCCUGGCUGUGAUAAUGGCCGGAACAGCCCUUUUACUGGCGUUCUAUUCUAUAAUGCUGUGGUGGAGGACACAGUGGCAAAGCUCAAGUAUGUAUCUUUACUUUUAUGCUUCAGGAUGCUUAUAUUUCCUUCUUUUAUUACAGUCUCAAAAAUAGAAUUUUCUUCUUUUAAUGGCAUUUCGUUACUAUUUCACAUCGGGUUCCAAAAUUAUAUUUCCUCGCAGCAUUUGAUCUAUUAUUUUUCGUUGGAUGUUUGAGGUCAGCAAACUAUCCCUAGAUGUUAAUUAUUUAUGCACUUGAUGUAUUGAGUUCCAAAUAUCACAGACGUAGGCUACGAAUAAUUUUAUUUCAUAAGUUUUGUACUCUCAAUUUGUUUUAUGUUUCUCUUUGUCACCUCUUUCGUCUAUCGCUAGAUCUUAUCUUACUGUUUACAUUAAAGGUUUCUCUAAGAAAAGAUCUGUUCCAUUAUAAAACCCUGUAAAAAGAUAGAAACAAGUGAGGUUUCAGUAUGGAACUUGCCUCGGCAUAAUAAGUACCCAACUGGAUAAAUGAUGGAUAACCGUUCUCAGCGUGACUUUCACCCGGAUGUCACUUUUUGUUCUUUUCGAUCAUAAAACUGCACAAUGUAGCGUGCUUUGAUCUUGUUCAAUAACUCACUAUAUGAUUAUAUACAAUGGUGUCAUUCAAAAACAUACCGUAAUCUUGAUCUUGUUUGAUUUUUCACAAUGAUAUAUUCUUUUUGCUUAGAUAUAUGAUCGUUUAUCUCACCAAAUUGUCCAAAUUGCAUAUGGAGAAUUUGCUUAGAUAGAUGAAUUGUAGAUAUUUGUAUAAUCUUUAUGAGGUUUUGGUUAGUCCUUUUAGUGGAUUAGACUGAUGAAAUACAGGAAACACCAUCUCAAAGGGAUUGCCCACUUACCAAUUGGGGUUGAGGUUGGGCAGUACGAUCUCAAAUGGAUGAUGACUUUUUUUUAUCCUCUUUUUGCAGGAGCGGUUGCUGUUCUCCUUCUCUUGGCAGUAGCCCUGCUUUGUGCAUAUGAACUUUGUGCCGUUUAUGUCACUGCAGGAUCAAAAGCCUCUGAGCGUUAUUCUCCUUCAGGAUUCUUCUUUGGUGUUUCUGCAAUAGCAUUAGCAAUCAACAUGCUUUUUAUUUGCAGGAUGGUGUUCAAUGGUAAGCAAUUAGGUUGUUUCCUGACAGAGAUGCUGUUGAUAAGAGCAAUGGCUAGAAUAAAUGAAUUUAUCUAUUGAGAUUUUUUUGUUAAUAUUACAGGAAACGGGUUGGAUGUAGAUGAAUAUGUGCGAAGAUCAUAUAGAUUUGCAUAUUCUGACUGUAUCGAAGUGGGCCCCAUUGCCAGCUUACCUGAGCCACCCGAUCCUAAUGACUUGUAUGUCCGGAAAUCCAGCAGGUGAGUUCAUCCCUGGACUUGUAUAAAAGUCUUCUUAUUAUGUUGUAACUCAGAUUAAGUGCCUUCUUUAUCGUUUUCACUUGUUAUAAUUCCGUUUUUCUAACUUUCAAUCAUCGUUGUAGGGCUUCUCAUCUGGGCAUUCUUUAUGUUGGGUCAUUAGUUGUACUUCUUGUGUACUCCAUAUUGUAUGGACUGACAGCCAAAGAGUCCCGUUGGUUGGGUGCAAUUACAUCAGCUGCUGUUAUUGUUCUUGGUAUGUAUGCGUAUACUCCAUUUAUGCUGUAUCUUUGUUUUUUUUUAUUUUUUUAUCCUUAUUCAUUUGCUUUUCAGACUGGAACAUGGGUGCAUGCUUAUUCGGAUUUGAGCUCCUCAGAAGUCGAGUUGCAGCAUUAUUUGUUGCUGGAGCUUCAAGGGUUUUCCUAAUCUGCUUUGGGGUUCAUUACUGGUCUGUACUACAAUUGACUAGAAGUUUGUGUAUUGUUUUACCAUGCAUAAACGAGGAUAAUGGAUUUCAUGGUGCACUUAUUGUUUUUCUUUCUUUAGGUAUUUGGGACAUUGCAUAAGCUAUACAGUUGUGGCGUCUGUUCUGUCAGGAGCUGCUGUUUCCCGCCAUCUGUCCGUUUCGAACCCUUUAGCUGAAAGGCAAGAUGCCUUAAAGAGCACUGUCAUCCGCUUGAGAGAGGGAUUCCGACGAAAGGAUCAAAACAGUUCGUCUAGUUCCUCCGAAGGUUGUGGGUCAAGUGUGAAAUGUAGCAGCAGCAGUGUUGAGGCUGGUCAACAUGGUCAAGCUGUUAGUCAAAACAAUUCACAGCUUGUGGGUGAUGUCAAUAAUUGGAAUAAUGUGCUUUUUGGUCGUACUAAUAGCUGCCAUGAACGAAUGAACAGUGAUAAAAGUGACAGUGGAAGGCCGAGUUUAGCCUUACGCAGCAGCUCUUGUCGUUCUGUUGUUCAGGAACCUGAAAAUGCUGCUGCUUAUCUCGAUAAGAAUCAUGAGCAUAAUAGCUCACUACUUCCUUGCACUAGCAGUGGCUUGGAAAGCCAUGGUUGUGAAUCCAGCACAUCUGGUACAACUUUACCUAAUCAAUCAUCCUUGGAGUUAAGUUUAGCACAGGUUUUCCAAGAAAGGUUGAACGACCCUAGGAUCGCUUCUAUGUUGAGGAGAAAGGCAAGGCAUGGUGACCGUGAAUUGGCAAAUCUACUGCAAGAUAAAGGCCUGGAUCCUAAUUUUGCUGUCAUGUUAAAGGAGAAGGGUCUGGAUCCUACUAUUCUUGCUCUGCUGCAGAGAAGUAGCCUUGAUGCAGAUAGAGAUCAUGGACAAGCUGAGGAUGUUGCAGCGACAGAAUCUGAUAGGCUAGACAUAAUGUUCACCAACCAAAUUUCAUUUUCUGAAGAACUGAGAAGGCACGGUCUAGGAAAAUGGAUGGAUUUCUUCAGGUUUGUUUUGCACUACAUUGCUGGCACUCCUGAGCGGGCUUGGGUUAUGUUUAGUCUUAUCUUCAUACUUGAGACUGUAAUCGUGGCUAUUUUUCGUCCAAAGACUAUUAAAGUGAUAAAUGCCACGCAUGAGCAGGUAAUGAUGGUUGUUAAUAUUUUCCUUUCUUAUGGAGUAUACCUAUAUUUUCCUUCUCAAUAUUGUUGCAGUUUUAAUCAUAUUAUUUAUAUGUAGCAACUUAAUCUGUUUUGUGAUAUUGGAUUUGCAGUUUGAAUUUGGCUUCUCAGUACUGCUGUUAUCACCUGUUGUGUGCUCAAUUAUGGCCUUUCUCUGGUCUCUUCAUGCAGAAGAAAUGGCCAUGACGUCAAAACCGAGGAAGGUAAAUCGAAUGCAUCCAUGAGCUCAUUGAUCAUUAUAUUAAAUUCUGUCUUGCUUUAACUCUGCCCCCUGUUCUCAGUAGAAAUUUCCCACAUAUUAUUUCAAUUGAUGCGUCUGUGAGUUUUCAUGGUGAGGCUAUAGAUUGUACAUCCGGUUGUUUUACGUCCCUAAAAAAAUUUAGGAGCAUAUAAAUUUUGGUAUGGGAAAAAUAAAUUUGUGGAAAACUAGAAUAUUAUUUAUAAUGGAGCUUGUAGGUUGCUAUAAUGGUGAAGAAAUAGAAGAUCGAUUGAGGUGGAGGUACCUAGAGUUUUUGUGCUCUGGCAGAUACAGAGAUAAACCAUCUUUAAGGCCCUGAGGGGGUAAAAAAAACUUUUUGUCUAAUGAUGUUUUCGGAAAAGUAUGCUAGUUGUCAGAUUAUAUUAACUAUAAUUUAGGGAUGCUCCCUGAGUUUUGUUUGCAGAGGUCGUUAGGACAAUAAAUAAAGGUCAAGACACUCACAGAGAUAUGUAGUUUUAUCAUAUUUUGACGAUGAUAACUAAAAUUAUGUGAUUUUCCCUUAAAUUUUGUAUACAGAGAUUUUUAGGACAACAAAUAACGGUCAAGGCACUCACAGAGAUGUAGAUUUAUCCCUUUUGCCUUCCAUCCUUUAAAUCUUAACCCAGACUUCUGAUUAAUUUCGUUUUUGAUAUUUAAACGAUAAUUUACCCAUUUUAAAGGCCAGGGAAUGUAUUUCCGCGGUUAAUCAUCUCAUUCCCCCGGACUCCUUUUCCCAUAACUUCGGUUUCGUUUAGAUUUAUGUAUAAACCUGUGACCAUUUUCGGUACAUCAACAAACGGCAUCUUAGUGAUUGUAAGGAACUGAUGGUUGUGCUGAUCCUAAUUCUCUAAUAUUUAGUUCGAAGGCAAAAUACUCUUGGAAUUUUCUGUACUGCUUAAUUAUAUCUUUUCUCUUGUCUAUAUUGCGGGUUUAUCUAUGUUUGAUGUACAUUUUGUAUUUUACCUAUUUAUGGAGAUGGACACCCAGGUUGUGGAUUGUAUCCGAAUUUGAUAUCUUUUAAAUUUACGCAAAUAUAUCCGCAUAGAAGUUAAUAAUAAUGAGAAGUACAUUUUAUGUUGCCGCCGUAUGAUGCUUUCCUUAAGCGAUUACCCUUUUACAACAUCUCCUCCCACGUACACUGUCUUAAUCAACCCCUUUUAUAGAUCUUUAGUCCAUUUAUUAUUAAAUUUUCUUAUUCUGGAGCCUCGAUUGUUUUUUUCCAUCUUCAGUAUGGCUGCAUUGCUUGGUUGUUGAGCACAUGUGUUGGCCUUCUCCUUUCAUUCUUGAGGUAUGUACGUUCUUUCGUUCGUAUCUCAUUUUUCACUUUGUUGAUAUCUUAUAUGUAGGUUGAACAUACGCUUUGUAUGCGGGCUUGGUUUUUGAACUAGUGUUAUGCGGGGUAGCAUUUGAAUAAUUUUGUAUUGUAGAAAGGUUGAAUGAGCGCUUUCUCUUGUCAGACUCUGAAUCCAUGAACAUUUUAGAAAAACCUUUGUUUGAAUUUUUGGGGAACUGUUUAGAAAGAUAUCAGAUCGCAGUUCCUUGUUAACUUGCUUAUAUUGAGAAGAGUUUAUGGUUGAAAUCGUGAGUGGGAUAUAAUAUUUUUUUAGUGUGGUUUUGGGCCGGAAUUCUAUGCGUUCGUUUCUUACAAUUUUGCUACUUCGUUCAACUAUGGUUGCCAUAGUUCAAUUCGCAUAGUUCAACUAUGCAUCUACAGACACGGCUUUUUUUUUUGAGUCAAUCAAGUUGCCUGAUAGCUUACACUUCAACAAAUAUGCAUCAAGCCUUAAUUUUCAACUUUCGCUUAUAAUAUGAAUUUUUGUGUUCAGCUAAUCAUGAUGCAUUAGUAACCAAUGUAUACCCUUAAACUAAUCUCCUCAAUUUUAAAAUUGUUCUCAAGUAAGAUGCUGAAAAUUCUGACUUGAACAUUCUUUUUUAAUUUAGAACGGGACAUUUCAGGUCAUCUUGUAGAUUAUCAGAUAAAGAAGAAUCCCCACUGAUGUAAACGUCUCUCUUCUUCAUUCUGAGGUUCAUAAAAAAUAGUGCAUAAAACUGUUAAUAAAACAAAGGGGUAUCUUGAUACCCCGGUGUGCUUUAGAGCGUAAUAUCUGGCUUGUGAAGUGAAAGAUGUAGAUAGUUGGCUUCUUGUUUAGGGAAAUAAUGAAUGAAUGGAUGAGUGCCAGUGUUUCUUAUUCAAAGCAGCUGGGAAAAUUAUUCUUUCUGGCAUGUUGAUGAUCCAGAUGUCCGAGAUGUCUAUAUCAACUGUUUUUACAUUUAUUGAUGUGUUUGGCAUAUCACAAUCAGUAACCUUGUUUGGCUUUAUAGUAUCAUUUAGGAUUCUGUUUUUAUAACAAUCAUAUAAUUUACAAUAUCAUACUAUUCACUUCUGGUUGCGAGUUUUGUUUAUAGUUUCCACAUGAAUUUCCAUCGUUUUUCUCUUGUUGAAUGUUCUUGUUUUUCAUGUUCCCAACUUUUUAUUCAGUUUUAUUUAAGAUACCCGUAGUAACGUCGUUCCUAUGUUAUUUGACUUAUUUUUCAACGUUUGGGAAAUUAAUUCAUUCCAUUUUCUUGUUCAGCAAAUCGUCCAUUUUGCUUGGUCUAGCUUUGACUCUUCCGCUCAUGGUGGCAUGCCUUUCCUUUGCUAUCCCGAUAUGGAUACGUAAUGGGUAUCGAUUCUGUAUUAAAAAGGGAGAAGGCUCUGGUCAGGAAAGCAAUCAUCAGCAUAAUGCCACCAAAGAGGUUCGUUCUAGUGCCUGUAAAUUUUAUUUCAAGGAGUAUCGUGCACAGAAAGAAUGUUUUUCAAUAAAUAUCUGCUGUUCAUUGGCACAAUUUCAGAUAACAAUUAUAUCAUUACACGUCAUAAUUAUGCUGGAAAAAAUAUGCUUGUACCUGAGAGAAUCUGAAGGUUAGUUAAACUGGAGCAGGUACUAAUGCUGGUAUGCAGUGUUUCUCGCGUUAAAAAUUGAACUAAGAAUUUUAUACUGAGUUGGAAUUGUCCCUGUUGCUAUUUCAUUUGAAUUCUUAGAAUUUCGAAGAGAUCGAGAAAAACUAUUUGAAACUCGUAAUCAGCGCAACAUUGGGAGGGUUGUGUCACUCAGGUCACCCUGUCAUAUAUACUGCUUAUCACUUUUGCUUACAGGAAUGAAAUUAAAUUUCUGUAUAUGUCAAUGAGUUUAUUUUCGCAUAUUUGCGGAUAUAUUAUAAGUUUGAAAAAUUUCCAGAGAUUUUGUUGGUAAACCGUUCAAGCAGAGGAUUGGUAUAAUUUAUUCAAAGUUGUUUUAUGUUUUGGUUAGUGAACUGACGUUCGAUCUCAUUCUUUCUGAUUUCAGGGUAUUGUUCUCGUCGUCAGCAUGCUAAUAUUCACGGGGUCAAUCGUAGCUCUUGGUUCAAUAGUAUCUUCAGAGCCAUUAGAUGAUUUGGGUUAUAGAGGAUGGAAUCGGGAUAAAAAGGUUAUUUGGUCUCCUUAUGCAUCAUCCAUGUACCUUGGAUGGGCAAUGUCUUCAAUGGUUGCAUUGUUUGUUACUUGUGCUUUGCCAAUCGUGUCAUGGUUUGCAUCAUAUCGCUUCUCACAUUCUUCUGCAAUAUGCGUCGGCUUAUUUACUAGUAAGUAGUGCCAUUCAGUUCUCAGUUAUUUUUCAGCUUCUCCCCGUAUAUUAUUUCUUCAUUAUUUCAUUGUAAACAUUUCUCAAAAGUAUACGAUCAGAAAGCUUGGCUACUGAUACUGCUCUUCCAUGAUGUAGUUGUUCUUGUCACAUUUUGUGGUGCUUCUUACUUGGGUGUGGUAAACGCUCGAGAAGAUGGAGUCCCGGUGAAGGCUGAUUUUCUUGCUGCUUUGCUACCAUUGUUGUGUAUUCCAGCAGUGGUAUCAUUGUUUAUUGGGCUAUAUAAAUGGUCAGUGUCAUUGGUUCCAUUUUUUCUUGCAUACUGGAUGAGGUCGUUGCUUGCAACCAUUUUAUAAUGUAACCUUAAUUCUGCAGGAAAGAUGAUGACUGGAAUGUUUCUCGAGGUGUUUAUGUUUUUGUUGGCAUCGGUUUUCUUCUACUGCUUGGUGGUAUAUCAGCUGUUAUAGUUAUUAUUAAACCAUGGACGGUAUGUGAAAGUUGUUUUUUCUGCAGCGCAUUAGCCUCUGAGAACAUAGCAUUUCUUGUUUCUUUUGAAAAGAUGAUAUAUUUCUUGACUCAUUUGUUUCUUAUUUACCAUUUUUAUUCCCUUUUUUGGCUACAGGUUGGUGUUGCAUUUCUUCUAGUCAUUCUUCUGGUCAUCCUGGCAUUUGUUGUAAUUCACUACUGGGCUUCAAACAAUUUCUAUCUUACAAGGACGCAAAUGUUCCUUGUCUGUUUUCUUGCCUUCUUACUAGCCUUGGCAGCUUUCUUCAUUGGUAUAUUUGAGGGUAAGUCUGGAAGGUGCUUAUGCCUAUGCUAGCUUUAUCAACUACUAUUUCGCUAUUUUUUUCUGCGAAAAAUGUUGGUCACUUGUUCAUUAUCUUUUGUGGCAGGCAAUCCAUUUGUUGGUGGUUCUGUUGGAUACUUCUCAUUUCUGUUCCUUCUUGCGGGGCGUGCAUUAACAGUAAUGGAUUUUAUGUUCUUUCAUUAGAAUUACCUGAACACCUGUUUUUUUUUAAAUGCACAAUUUUCGUUAAAUUCUUUGGAGCUGAGUGGUCUUAACGUUUCUAAUUUAUUCUUUUUCAGGUGCUUCUUUCACCGCCUAUUGUGGUUUAUUCUCCCAGGGUAUUGCCAGUUUAUGUUUAUGAUGCCCAUGCUGAUUCAGCAAAAAAUGUCAGGUUUGUCUAAUAUUUUUGUGUGUAUGUUUGAGUAUAAACUAAAAUUUUUAUUUAGUUUUUGAGCAAUAGAAUUUAUUAUUUUCAUCGUACUUAAUUUUCUUGUAUUUUUUAUUCUCAUUCUAUAUCAGCUGUGCAUUCCUUGUUCUGUAUGGAGUUGCUUUGGCAACUGAGGGAUGGGGAGUAGUUGCCAGUUUGCUGUUAUAUCCCCCUUUUGCUGGUGCUGCAGUAUCAGCAAUUACACUUGUUGUGUCCUUUGGGUUUGCCGUGUCUCGUCCAUGCCUGACUCUCAAGGUUUGCGUCUCUUUUCUGAGAAGAAAUUUUGGAAUCCAGACUUUAAUGCCCUUUAAUUCUGUUAUUAAGCUCUUGUUCAUUUUUUGUUUUGUGAUUGCUUGCAGAUGAUGGAGGAUGCUAUCCAUUUUCUCAGCAAGGAUACAGUUGUCCAGGCGAUUGCCAGGUCUUCAACUAAGGUGAUUGACUGGCUCGGCACCACUUUCAGUUAAUUUAUUUUUGGCGAAUACUGUUCUAAGACCUUUCUACAAUAUUGAUUUGGCCCAUUGUUUUUAUGAUUCCAACAUCAUGCCUCAGUUUUAGUAUUUGGAGGAAAAUACAUAAAUCAAUUUAUGGUAAUAUGUUUCUAACAUGGAUGGGAAGAUGACGAAAUCUCGACUUGCCAGUGUUAAUAUGAUUCCCCUUUCGAUCAUUUUUCAUGGAUUUUUGUGUCUAAACAAUGAUAUUUUCGUUUAAUUUAGUUGCAAUCAAAAUGUAAAUCUUUUCCCGGUAUGUAUUGGCUUUCUAGAUUCAUAUCAUCUGGCACUUGAGUCGAAUUUCGAACGUUCAAAUUGGUUAUGUUUUCAGGGCUUCUGCAGUAUAUUUAUUGGAUAAUUUAUCCAUCCUGAUUUUUCCGAUUUUAUUUGGUUGUCAGAAAGUGUGUGGUGUAGUUAAGCAUUCUGAUGUUCAUGAUUAUCACUGCAAUGGCUGUAUAGUUCAUUUACAUGGGUUUAUGAUUUUUAGGACCGUUGUUUCAAUGGGCAAGUUCCAUAUUUUGUUCACUCAAUAAUGGUUACUUGCUUAUAAUUUGGUUUCUCCUCUGUUAAUGUUUCAAUUUUUUCAUUUGGAAGUUCGUUUCCUUUAGAUAUGUGAGAGUUGAAUAUUUAUUUGUUUUGACUUUGUGAUAAAAUACUGUAUGACCUUUUUAUCCUGUGUUUUCUCUGUCAAAACGUUUGAUAACAUGUUUUAAUCUCACUUGUUUUUAGACGAGAAAUGCUUUAUCUGGCACCUAUUCGGCCCCACAGAGGUCUGCAAGUUCAGCUGCCCUUCUCGUUGGAGACCCUGCGAUUGCACGUGAUAGGGCAGGGAAUUUUGUUCUUCCCAGAGCCGAUGUCACAAAACUGAGAGAUCGCCUAAGAAAUGAAGAACUUGCUGCUGGUUUAAUCCUCAGUAGAGUCAAAGGUGGCAUGACUUACCGUAAUGACUCUUCACUCGACGUAGGCUGCAGGAGAAAAAUGUGUGCACAUGCACGUAUCCUAGCUUUGGAAGAGGCAAUUGACACAGAAUGGGUAUAUAUGUGGGAUAAGUUUGGCGGUUAUUUACUUCUUUUACUGGGCUUGACUGCUAAGGCUGAACGAGUACAGGUUGGUUAGCAAGACCAUCUUCAUUCAGUGUUUUUUAUUUUUUUAUUUUUUUGGCUGAAGACGCGUUGCUAACAUCUUGAUUUCUUUUGCUCUUUUUGUACUUGUUGUAGGAUGAAGUUCGCUUGAGACUUUUCCUGGAUAGCAUAGGUUUUUCUGACUUAAGUGCCAAAAAAAUAAAGAAAUGGAUGCCUGAGGAUCGAAGACAAUUUGAAUUAAUUCAGGACAGGUGAUUGACAUGUUUCAAUGGAAAUCGUGUUUUGGCGCAUAAAAAUUAUCACACGCACUUUCUUCUGACUUCUUUCUGCUUCUAUCUUAGUUACAUACGAGAGAAGGAAAUGGAAGAAGAGAUCUUGAUGCAGAGGCGUGGAGAGGAGGGUAAGGGAAAAGAGAGAAGAAAGGCACUACUGGAAAAGGAAGAGCGUAAAUGGAAGGAGAUAGAAUCUUCUCUUUUAUCCUCGCUCCCAAAUGUUGGAAACCGAGACGCUGCAGCGAUGGCAGCUGCAGUCCGUGCAGUUGGAGGUGAUUCUGUAUUAGAUGAUUCGCUUGCUCGUGAACGGAUUUCCAGUAUUGCUCAUCGCAUUCGUAUGGCACAAUUGUCUCGGCGAGCACAACAGGUUUGCAUUUCAAGGUUUCUUGUUGGGACUUCAAUUUACAGAGUACACAGAAUUGUGGAUGUUUGUGGGUGACAUACGAUGGAUAUGGCUCUCCACUUUGUUAUCAAUUUAUGCUUAAGUAAUUUAAUGCGUUUUAAAUUUUUAUCAAGAAUGAUAUUAGCUUACAAUGCCUUGCAAAUGAAUUAUUGUUUCUUAGUGUUUGGAAAUGGCAAUUCCCGAAGUAUUUUGCUUGUAUGAAUUCCUUGAUUUCUUUUUAAAAUGUUGACAUUUUUUUAAAACAGACUGGAGUUCCGGGUGCAGUGUGCAUUCUUGAUGAUGAACCUUGUGCUGCGGCUAGACAUUGUGGGCAGAUAGAUCCUAGUCUUUGUCAGUGCCAAAAAGUCAGCUUCUCCAUUGCAGUAUUAAUCCAACCCGAAUCUGGUCCGGUUUGUCUCCUAGGAACUGAGUUUCAGAAGAAGGUUUGUUGGGAAAUCUUGGUAGCUGGUGCGGAGCAAGGAUUUGAGUCGGGACAAGUCGGCCUUAGGGUGGUUACGAAAGGUGAUAGGUCAACAACUGUUGCUAAAGACUGGAGUAUAGGGGCCACAAGCAUUGCAGAUGGAAGGUUUGUUCGUUGUUUUCUAAGCUAUUAAAUUAAUUGUCAAAUGUGCAGAAUUUUGUUAUGAGCCGUUGGCUGCUUGCUUCUUUUUUGGAAAUAUAUUGAGAAACUUCUUGAAAUUCAUUUUUUUUUCAUGCUACUUAUCAUCAUAGAGACUCAUCCUCUGAUUUGGAUUGGACAUAAAGGAGAGGCCGCUCACGCAAUAAUGACAUACUGAUGUAGCAGAAAAGAAAAAUCCUAAUGCUUGUAACAUGCCUUGUAAAUGGAAUACGCCUGACAUGAAUUUCGCAAUAUAUUCAUGUUUACAUCCUUGAGAAGGUUAAAUUUAUUUUCUGCCAAAAGUUGAAAAGUAUGAAAUUAUGAAAACGAUGCCAAAAUAGAGAGGUUAAACUUUAGCGUAGCGUUUUGAAGCCUAAAUGCAUUUUUAUUUUUUUUCUAGAUCUCUCUUACUACCCGCCUUCUCCUUCCCCUCAUUUCCUUUCUCCUCCUCGUAUGGAUGCUUUAAAUACUUGAUUACACGCUCUUUUGAUUGGAGCUACCUUUUAUUCAUGUUUUCCUCGACUAAAUAAUUUUCAAUUAUUUAUUUUGUCACACAUUUCUUAAUACCGUUUCCUCAUUCUGUAAAUGACAUGAUUUUACUUGACCUUUCAGGUGGCACAUUGUCACUAUAACUGUGGAUGCUGAAAUUGGUGAGGCUACUUGCUAUCUAGAUGGUGGCUUCGAUGGAUACCAGAAUGGACUUACCUUUCCAAUGGGUACUGGAAUUUGGGAGAAUGGUACGGAUAUUUGGAUUGGGACAAGGGCACCAAUGGACUUGGAUGCAUUUGGAAGGUCUGACAGUGAAAGCAUUGAGACAAAAAUGCAAAUAAUGGAUGCUUUCAUUUGGGGGAAAUGUUUGACAGAGGAUGAAAUUAAUACCUUCUAUUCAGCUACGAGUCCUGUUGAGUAUUAUAUGUCUGAACUUCCAGAGUGUAGCCUGCAAGUUGCUGAUUCACCUCCCCGGGUAUGUAGAUACUAUAUAUGCACGCUUCGUUGUUUGCCAUCUUUUAGUUCAAUAGGAUAUAUUGAGUAUCAAAGCUAUGUAAUUACUUGUCCCCCGGGUGAUGUAGGGAAUUACUUUUUCCUGUAGUAGUUUUAGUAUGAAAGCCAUGGAAGAACGAUAAUUACAUCAGACCUAUCUUUUGGCGUUAAGAUAUCUACUCGAUGUAUUGCGGCUGAAUGGUCUGAAAAUCUCUUGCCUUCUGUUUUCUUUUGCCUGUGUCAUGUGUUCAAAUCUUCUUGAAUGUAGAAUUGAGAAUAAAUCAAUGAUAUUUCCGUUUUUGUCGUAAUCUUUAUGUGAAACAGGUUCUAUGAGAAUGUCUUUUGCGAGGAUGAAAGGUCAUACAUGCUUAUAAUAAAGACUCUUAUUAUUAUUAUUAUCAUCUCAGUCCUUUGCAAUAUGUUGUCUGAUCCUCUUAAAUUUUUUGAUGAAUUUCCAGGAUCUUCUGUCUGAAGUUAUUUUCUUUUGGUUGCAUUUAUUAAGUUAUGCUUCUUUGAUCGGCAGUCUUAUCAUCUUUCUAGUUCACCUUUGUCCGGCAUAAUGUUGACCUUUUCUCUUUUUUCAGGUCAAUGAGUGGGAGUCUGAGGAAGCGGAUAUUGAUAUAUAUGACCGGGAGGAUGUAGACUGGGAUGGCCAAUUUUCAAGUGGCAGGAAGAGGAGGUCUGAGCGUGAAGGGGUGGCGAUUGAUAUGGAUACCCUUGGCAGAAAAUUAAGGAAACCUAAAUUGGAGACAAAGGAGCAAAUGCAUCAACGCAUGCUAUCUAUUGAGUUAGCAGUUAAAGAGGCACUCUCUUCCAGAGGAGAAGCAAAUUUCACUGAUCAAGAAUUCCCACCCAAUGAUCGCUCUUUGUUUGUCGAUCCAGAUAAUCCUCCUCUAAAGUUGCAGGUAUGAUUUAUCUAACUCUUUUGAAAUCAUUCUGCUAACAUCUUGUUUCGCUUUCUGCUAACUUUUUAUACUAUAACCCAGGUGGUGUCUCAGUGGACGAGACCAACUGAUAUAGUGAAGGAAAGCUGCAGGGAUUCUCGGCCCUGCUUAUUUUCUGGGCCUGUGAACUCUUCUGAUGUUUGCCAGGUGUGGAUUUCUUUAUUGAUUCUUCUUGAUAUCCAAUGUAUAUUUUCAUCUUAAAUCUUCUAGUCUUCAUCCUUAUAAGAAAUGUUGAUUGUUCCUUUUUUCAGGGUCGCCUUGGUGACUGCUGGUUCUUGAGUGCUGUUGCCGUCCUUACUGAGUCAUCCCGAAUAUCAGAAGUCAUAAUCACACCCGAGUUCAACGAGGAGGGCGUGUAUACCGUUCGUUUCUGUAUACAGGUAACCAAAAAAAAUCAUAAAAGAUAAAAUUGACGUGGCUUCAAAGUGAUUUAGAUGUCCUCUUAGAAUUCUGAAAGUCAAUCAUAAAACAUUGGAUACUUGUUUCUAUUGAUCUUAUUUUGUUGUUGGUUUUGCUACUUAAAGUUUUCUAUUGUCAGUGUUCAUCAAUGGCGAAGAACUACAAUUCUGCUGGGUUCUUAUGUUGGUUUUCCUCCCAUAGUAAUCAAAAUGCCUUGCACGACCCUAAGUCACUCUAUUUUUCAGGGUGAAUGGGUUCCCGUCAUUGUUGACGACUGGAUCCCUUGUGAGUCGCCUGGUAAACCAGCAUUUGCGACCAGCAGAAAGGGAAAUGAACUCUGGGUUUCUAUAUUGGAGAAGGCCUAUGCAAAGCUUCAUGGCUCAUACGAGGCGCUGGAAGGUGGUCUCGUUCAAGAUGCCCUCGUGGACCUCACAGGAGGAGCUGGUGAAGAGAUCGACAUGAGAACCGGGCAGGCUCAGAUUGACCUGGCCAGUGGGAGGUUGUGGUCUCAGUUGCUGCGCUUCAAGCAAGAGGGUUUCCUACUUGGUGCUGGGAGCCCAUCAGGCUCUGACGUGCACGUAUCUUCCAGUGGAAUCGUCCAAGGCCAUGCAUACUCUUUAUUGCAGGUAUCUUUUCAUCUUAAUGCAUACUCCAUUAUAUAGUUUUCUUAAUCGUAUAUCACAGUUUGGCGUCUUUAGAGACUUUGGACUGAUCUGAUCUUCUGUUCAGAUACGAGAUGUAGAUGGGCAUAAGCUUGUACAAAUUCGAAAUCCUUGGGCAAAUGAGGUCGAGUGGAAUGGUCCUUGGUCUGAUUCAUCUCCUGAAUGGACUGAUAGAAUGAAGCACAAGCUGAAAUAUGUGCCUCAGGUACCACUCCAUCUCAGCCCCCCCACCCCCCCCCUCCUUCUUCUAAAUGAUCAUUUGGCAUGGAAACCCCUGGGUGCUUGAUUUUUUUUUUUCCCUCGAUCUAAUUUAAUUUAGCCAUGGCUGGUUAAUCUUUUGUUUCUUCGUAGGAUCUCACAUUGCAUGUUCUACCAUGUCGUUUGAUCUCACAUUGCAUAACAUUACUCCCCAGUUGCACCAUAAAACUGAGUUUUUUUUAAAAAAAAAAAUUAACGCUGUGCAGUCCAAGGAAGGAAUAUUUUGGAUGUCUUGGCAAGACUUCCAGGUCCACUUUCGGUCAAUAUACGUUUGCCGGCUCUACCCACCGGAGAUGUGUUAUUCCGUCCAUGGGCAGUGGCGAGGCUACACCGCAGGAGGGUGCCAGGAUUACAACUCCUGGCAUCAAAAUCCCCAAUAUAGGCUCAAGGUAACUGGGCCGGAUGCAUCAUCCCCAGUUCAUGUGUUCAUCACUUUGACACAGGUAUCCCCAAUAAACCAGGCCAUUGAUUCUCCUGUCAGCGUCAUCCUACUUUCCAUGUUGAUCUCCAAAACUUUCCCUUUUUCACCAGGGCGUGAGCUUUUCCAGAAAGGCGGCGGGCUUCAGGAAUUUCCAAUCUAGCCAUGAUUCUGAGCUGUUCUACAUCGGGAUGCGCAUCCUCAAGACAAACGGUUGCCGGGCAUACAACAUCUACAUGCACGACACAGUGGGCGGAUCGGAUUACGUCAACUCCAGAGAAAUAUCAUACGAAGUGGUCUUGGAGCCUCAUCGAAAGGGUUACACCAUCGUUCCCUCUACUCUCCAUCCUUGCGAAGAAGCGCCAUUUGUCCUCUCAGUCUUCACCAAAGCCGCUGUAACACUCGAAGCUUUGUAG